AACUCAAUGAAGGUAACACAUCGUAUAAUUAGCCCUCUCAUAUAUAACACAAAACAAUUCGAACCAUGGCUCCAUCAAUGUCACUAGUCCACUCAGCAAACACACUCAACAUCCUCGAUUUCGUGGUCAACAAAGGCCAUGGAGUCAAAGGUUUAUCAGAACUAGGACUCAAAACCCUACCUCCCCAAUACAUUCAACCCCCACAAGAACGGUUUGAUCAUACGAGCAAUGAGGAAGAAAAUAAAGACUCCAUCCCGGUUAUUGAUAUGUCAAACUGGGAUGACCCGAAUGUAGCUAAAGCGGUAUGUGAUGCUGCAUGCAAAUGGGGGUUCUUUCAGAUUGUAAACCAUGGAGUCCCUAUUCAUGUUCUUGAAGAUGUCAAAGAUGCAACUCAUAAGUUUUAUGCGUUGUCAGCAGAAGAAAAGAAUAAGUAUUCUAAAGAAAGAUCGGUUUCAAAUCAUGUUCGUUUUGGUACGAGUUUUACUCCUGAAGCGGAGGAGGCUCUUGAGUGGAAGGAUUAUCUCAGCCUGUUUUUUGUCUCCGAUGAUGAGGCUGCUUCACUUUGGCCUCCUGUGUGCAGGAAUCAAGCAUUGGAAUACAUGAAGAGUUCCGAAUUCAUGGUCAAGAAGCUACUUGAGAUACUAAUGAAAGGACUAAACGUAAAAGAGAUCGAUGAAUCCAAAGAAGCGAUUUUAAUGGGUUCAAAGCGAAUUAACCUCAACUACUACCCAACAUGCCCUACCCCGGAGCUCACAAUCGGUGUGGGUCGUCAUUCAGACGUAUCCACAUUGACUGUACUCCUUCAAGACGAUAUCGGAGGGCUUUACGUACGAAACACCGAGACUUCAAAAUGGGUUCAUGUCCCUCCCGUUUCUGGAUCUUUGGUGAUCAAUGUUGGAGAUGCACUUCAAAUCAUGAGCAACGGGAAGUAUAAAAGCGUUGAGCAUCGUGUCAUUGCUAAUGGAACCAAUAACAGGAUUUCAGUCCCGAUAUUUGUGAACCCAAAGCCUAGUGAUGUGAUCGGACCAUUGCCUGAAGUGGUUGGGAAUGGAGAGAAAGUGCUUUAUAAGCAUGUUUUGUACUCGGAUUAUGUCAAGCAUUUCUUCAGAAAAGCACACGAUGGGAAGGCCACGGUUGAGUUCGCAAUGAUAUAAGGUUAACGAAGUGUUUUUGUGUAAAAUAAAAGCUUUUAAUUUGCGGAGAAGAAAGAAUAAAAGAGCUUCAUAAGCAAUGUAUGAAGAAUUAAGCUUGUAUAAGCCCUUGACGUAUGGUAGAUGUUAUUCUAGGUGUUGUCUUUUGCCUUUUGAGUUUAUCUUUUAUUUUUAUACUAAAUUACAUAUAUCAUCAUUUUGCUUAGUGAACAGUUGUGGA